AUGAAGUUGGUUCUGACCUUGGCGUCGUUUGGCCUGGUCAGCGCUCAGACGGUGCCGCCGAGUCGCGACAGCUUCUACACCGUGCCUGCCAACAUAAGUGCUUACAGCCCUGGUGCCGUUAUUGCGAUCCGAGAGGUGAAGACGACUGUCGUCGUAUCUGGAAUUUUCCUGAAGCAAGCCUACCAGGUAGCCUACAGGACCAAUCGUACUGGCGGAGUCGCAGAUCUUACUGUGGCCACGGUCUGGGUUCCUACGAGGAAAGAGAAUGAGACAAAGCCCCCGACGCUGUGGAUGUAUUCGACUGCCGAGGACUCAACCAACCUGGACUGUGCACCUAGCUGGGGAUUCGUUUCAGGGUCCAAUUCAAACAACACCAACCUUGUUGCGAGCGAGGGUUCAAUUGCAGUUUCCAAUGCACUCGAUCGAGGCUAUUAUGUGGUCACUCCCGAUGCUCUAGGCUCCAAAUCUGGCUGGUUGGCUGGCGAAACCGAAGGCUACGCGGCGCUUGACGCUAUCCGUGCUACGUUCAACUCGUUCAGCCUUCCAUCCAACACCCCAGUAGCAAUCUACGGGUACAGCGGUGGCGCUCACACCGCAGUCUGGGCGGCAUCUUUGGCAAAGAGCUAUGCGCCGAGCCUCAACAUCACCGCCGUCGCUUACGGUGGCUUGCCCACUGACCUGCGCGCCGUCGUGCAGCAAAUCAACAAGGGUCCAUACUCCUGGCUUGCUGCAGCCGGGUUCUUUGGUCUUGCCAACGCUUACUCGAGCUUGAACCAAUACUUCAUUUCCAACUACAACGCUCAGGGACGCUCCAAUGCGACCGCUUUCCGCACCCCCGGCUACUGUGCUGGUAACCAGAACCAGGCCCCCGAGAAUCAGUAUGUGGACUAUACCAAGAUGUUCAACGUCGACGUUCUUGCCUCCGGGACCCCCUUAUCGAACGUUUUCGCCGGCAACUCGUUGCUGAAGACCAUCAACGCGAAUGCCCCCCCUGCCCCAAAGAUGCUCCGUUACCAGUUCCAUGGUUCGGUGGACGAUAUCAUUCCCGUAGCUACGGCCCAGGAAUAUGUCAAAGAACAGUGCGCACAGGGUGCAAACAUUGCCUUUGAACUUUUCAAUGGCGACAAGCACGCCCAGGCUGGGAUCGAUGGGGGUAAGCGCGCUCGAUACUUUACGUAUGAUGUUCUGGAUGGAAGCGUAGGCCCCGUCACCUGUGGACAACCAUGGGGCAAGAUGACUCCACCGGGCUUGUGA